AUGUCGGAGGUAACUUCUGACGCAAUAUUUAUCGGUUGUAACAAGCAGACUCAGGUUAGUGAUGUUCAUCGACAUGAGAAGGUUGUUGCGUUUGGUGCUGGAAAAACCAUUGCAAUGUGGAGACCUCUCAAUGAAUCGUCGAAUGGAGUCUAUCUUACGUUGAAAGGACACGAUGCGGAUGUAACGUGUGUCAAGUUUAUGGAAGAUAACAAUUAUGUGAUUUCUGUUUCUGAAGAUCAUCACGUUAAGAUAUGGGAUUUUUCGAGUUUAAAGUGUAUCCAGAGCGUCGAGCAUUAUAAGCAAACCUUAGUGGCAUUAGCUGUUGUAAAAAAUUUAUUUGUUGUAGGGAGCGCAGAUGGACUUAUCUCCAUUUGGGUGUUGCAGGAUGGAAAGUUUUGUCUGAGUACCGAGUUCUUCGUUCGUAAGGGUAUAUUCCCGCUGACAUUAGCACUCAGUGAAAUUGAUAGCAACAGCUUUUUACUUGCCAUUGGAGGUACGAGUGUCAACUUAUUUAUGUACUCCUUAACCUUUGAAGAAAACGGGUCUUUGAAAUGUGAGUUAGCCGCUGAGUUAGAAGGCCACGAAGACUGGAUUAAAUCAUUAGCAUUUCGUACAAUGGAGACUCCUGGAGAUUUCCUCUUAGCAUCGGGGUCGCAGGACAGAUACAUCAGAUUAUGGCGGAUAAGAAUAAAUGACAGGAGUGUCUACGUCGAUGAGGAUCAAGAUAGACCAAAUUUGUUGAGUAACAAGAAGUAUAAAUUUGAGAUGAGAAACAAUAUGAAAGUUGUCAUUAAUUUUGAAGCUUUGAUUAUGGGCCAUGAUGAUUGGAUUUCAUCCCUGAAGUGGCAUCAAAGUCGACUACAGUUGCUGGCGUCUACUGCAGACACAUCACUAAUUGUGUGGGAACCUGAUGAGACCUCUGGUGUUUGGAUUUGUGGGUCAAGACUAGGUGAAAUAUCAACGAAGGGUGCUUCCACCGCAACAGGAUCUUCUGGUGGAUUUUGGUCGUGCUUAUGGUUUCACUCUAAUGGCAAGGACUAUAUAUUGACAAACGGUAAAACUGGCUCUUGGAGAAUAUGGUCAUCAGAGGAUACUGUGACAUGGGAGCAAUACAUUGGUAUUUCAGGCUCUACGAAGGAGGUCACAGAUGUGGCCUGGUCUGGAACCGGCGACUAUUUAUUAGCAACCUCGUUAGAUCAAACAACGAGGCUUUAUGCGCCGUGGAUAUAUAAUGCAUCAGGAAGUAAGCGGCCGGUUGCUACUUGGCAUGAAUUCUCGAGGCCCCAGAUUCAUGGUUAUGAUAUGAUUUGUGUCGAACCAAUUUCUAACGGUAGAUUUGUAAGUGGUGGCGAUGAAAAAAUUCUAAGAUCAUUUGAUCUGCCUAAAGGUGUCUCCGAAAUUUUGCAAAAAUUUGUGGGAUGUAACUUUAAGGCGAAUGAUGGCAUAGCUGCAUCCGCAUCACUACCAGCCUUAGGUUUAUCCAAUAAAGCAGCAAGCUCUGCGGAUCAAGAAGAUAGUGAAGAUGAGGACCCUAAUUCUCGUGAGACCAACGAUACCAAAAAUAUUUCAUAUGAUCUAGCUGCUUCCUUAGGGCACCCACCGACUGAAGAUCAAUUACAGAGGCAUUUAUUAUGGCCUGAAAUUGAAAAGCUGUAUGGUCAUGGUUACGAAAUAUCCUGCGUUGAUGUUUCACCAGAUUCAUCUUUAAUUGCAUCUGCAUGCAGAUCAAAUACACCUCAACAUGCAGUUAUUCGUAUGUUUGAUACAGCAACCUGGUUAGAGUUGAAGCCAUCACUAGCUUUCCAUGCCUUGACGAUUACCAAACUUAGAUUUUCAAAGAAUGACAAAUAUUUAUUGAGUGUUUCUAGAGAUCGGAAUUGGGCCAUUUGGCAAAGAAAUUUUGAAGACAAAACAUUUGUAUUGAAAUAUAAGAAGGAAAAAGCACACAGUAGGAUUAUUUGGGAUUGUGAUUGGGCCCCAUUAGAGGCUGGUGAGGUUUUUAUUACCGCUUCGAGGGAUAGAUCUGUUAAAGUAUGGAAAAACGACAUUGCUACUAAAGAGUUUGUUUUGGACGGCACUCUCAAAUUGAUAGAAUCUGUAACAGCUGUAUCCAUUUAUGAAUGCUUAAUAGAUGGUAAGAUUCUCAUUGCACUCGGUUUAGAAAGUGGUUCAGUUUUAAUAUAUACUUUUAAUUCUGGAGCUUUCGAGUUGUUGACAAAGCUUGACGAUAGUAUAACACCAGCAGGUAAAAUAAUGAGAAUGAGAUGGUCAAAUAUGAAAAGAGAUGACAAACUAUUAUUAGCAGUAGCAAGCAGUGACUGUUCUUGCAGAAUAUAUUCCGUUCGUCUGAAUUCAAUAAAUACGUAA